GAUGUAUUUAGAUCAUCUUUAAAUAAUCUAACAAUUAACUUGAGAUCACCUUCAAAAUUACUUACUUGGUCAAGAAUCAAUACAUAUUACAUAGAAUCCAAAUCCUUGCUACACUGCCGCUUCCAUACACAGUCACAGCCUUUCAUUCGUUCGCUCUCUUCUUCAUUCCUUCUCCUUAGCUACGCGCUUCCGGCCACACCUUCUGUUUGCAUCCACCGCGUUUUGAACAAUCAAAUUCAUGGCUUUGGGAGCAGCCACUAAAAGGUUGGGGAAUAAACUUUUUCCAGCGUUAUCUGCCACCCCCAGGCUACUACAUUCUCAUGCCACCAGUUUUGGUUUCAAACAUGUAAACGAAGAAGAAAAGGCACGCAUGGUCGGUGAUGUAUUUACAAGUGUUGCUGCAAGUUAUGAUACCAUGAAUGAUCUAAUGAGUGCUGGGUUGCAUAGACUGUGGAAGGAAAGGCUAGUUUCCAUGCUAAAUCCUUUUCCUGGAAUGAAGCAUCUUGAUGUGGCUGGUGGCACAGGGGAUGUUGCUUUUAGAAUCUUGGAUAACAUAAACAGAGUUAAGCAGCGAGGGCUUCCAGAUGGUUUUAACGAUGCUCUAGAGUCAGAAACUCGGAUAUAUGUAUGUGACAUUAACCCUAACAUGUUGAAUGUUGGCAAACAGCGGGCUGCGGCAAAGGGUUAUGGAGAAGAUGGUUCCCUUGUUUGGGUGGAGGGAAAUGCUGAAAGCUUGAGUUUCCAAAAUGAGUCAAUGGAUGGUUACACUAUUGCGUUUGGGAUAAGGAAUGUUACUCACAUUGAAAAAGUUCUUAGUGAAGCUCACAGGGUGUUGAAACAUGGAGGUCGGUUCCUUUGCCUUGAACUAAGCCAUGUCAGUCUUCCUAUAUUUAAAGAAUUGUAUGACUUAUACUCUUUCUCAGUUAUUCCACGCUUGGGAGAGAUGGUUGCUGGUGAUCGGGAGUCCUAUCAGUACUUAGUUGAAAGUAUCCGGCGUUUUCCCCCACAGGAAAAAUUUGCAUCGAUGAUUGCCGAUGCAGGGUUUCAAAAAGUAGAGUAUGAGAAUCUAGUUGGAGGAGUUGUUGCCAUUCACUCAGGGGUGAAAAUCUGAUAUGAUAGUUAUGAACUUUACACUUAAUUACAUAAUAAUUCAUGCAUCUUUCUUAACUGUUUAUAAGCAAGUUCAUGUAUGAUGCUAGAACUGGUAGAUGAGUUUGUGAGAAUGGGGAUAUUUAUUUAACUGUAAUAAGAAGAGUAGUUGUAUUUAUAAAUUUUAUCGGAAAGUGGAGUUUUAUACA